GAGACUAUGCGAUUGUAUCCACCUGCCCCCAUCAUAGGAAGAAAAAAUAAAGAAAGCAUUCAAAUAGGUACUCACGUUAUACCACCUAAAAGUCAUAUUGCUAUUUUGAUUUACAUGCUUCACAAAACACCAGAUGUGUUCCCUAACCCAGAAAAAUUUGAUCCAGACAGAUUUUCUGCAGAAAAUAUGGCAACAAGGGAUACAUAUUCUUUCAUUCCUUUUUCUCUAGGCCCUAGAAUCUGCAUAGGUCACUUAAAUGCAAUGAUGCAAAUGAAGAUAGUUUUAUGCCACAUUAUACGGAACUUCAAAGUCGUCAGUUUGGAUCCUCUGGAUAAGAUGAACGUUAUGAUGACGGCAACUCUGAGAUGUGUAAAUCCAAUCCGUUUGAAGAUCACUAUUCGCGAAUGAAAUGCUUCUUCAUGUAAAUAACAACCUUUCUUAGAACAUGGCAAUUGUAUUUUAGUGAUAAGUGCUUAAAAAGUUUUCCGCUUUGAGAAA